ACAGCUGAUUAUGUCAAAAGAAUUAGACCUUUAAAAUUUUGUUUUGUAUGAAAAUCAACAUAUAAAUUCUUAUCAUAAUCAUAACAAGGUGUUUCUCGCCACAUUUAAUGAUAAAAAUUUUAAAUUAAACUGACCAGUGUAUAAAUUUAAAGAACAAUGCACGAUUUCACGAGCAUAUUAAACAUUAUAUUUAUAAUAAGCGGCGGUGUGCUAACUUGUGUUAUUUUGUUCAUAUUCGCCAAAAGGCAAAUCACAAGAUUUGCUCUUAGGUCCCGAAGAGGGCCACAUGUUUCCAUAGGAACUGAUGCUAAAAAAUGUUUAAAAAAGGAGAUAGAGCGUCGGAUUGAGGCAGUGCCACGGAUUAUGCACGAGCCCAGACUAUUGAGUGCUGAGCCCUCGCACUACAUACUGGAGCCCCAGCAGCCAUACCAUUACAGGUUCAGAGCAGUGGAUGAUGUCAAAACACUCGAGGAAGAAAUCGCCCGCCAAGAUCCGGGGCUAAAGCGGCAUCCGCGCGAGUCGCUGCGCGCGUUCCUGCUGUCCUCCCUCGCGGCGCCGCUCGACGGACGCGGACAAAAGCUAGUUCACCAGUUCUGCGACACGUACGAGUUCGCACGACACCACCCGGGCGAGUUCGGCGAGGACGAGUACCAGGCGUACAGUCGCCUCUUGAUGAAGUUGCUGGAUGCGGCGCGGCUGCUGCGCUGCGCGGGCCGGUCGCCGCGCGGCAGCCCGCGGCGCCGGCCGCCGCCCGCGCGCCUGCUGGACGCCGCGCGCCUGCGGCCCGGCCUGCCCGCGCUGCCCGGCGCCGCCAAGCUGCCCGCCGCGCUGCACCACUACACGGCACUCGAGAAUAUGCCGGUAGAGACAAAACUGGAAGAAGAGGUGAUACGCGUCCCGGUGAAGAGUCCCACGGAGCCGCUAGUGAAGCCGCCAGCGGACGAGACGGCGGUCUGAGGGCGGCGUACCCGCCACGAGGCGCAGACCUUGUAGUCGGGUUCAACUUGUUGGUAUUAAGGUUCCGUACAUUAGUACAAUUACAUUCGCAUUAUGUAUGCGAAAAUGUAUCUUUGUAAAGUCUAUUUUCCUGUUAUGUUGUUAAUGGCGUUAAUAUGGGAUUACUUAUGAGGAUUUAAACUUCUAACUCUAUGAAGGCUUUAUUAAUGGAAUGGCAAAGUCGGUCAGUUUUUUUAAUGCAUGCUGUGGUUGCCUAUAAAUGUAAGAACAGUUAGAUCUAAUCUACCAGUGUAUUGUACUAAAAUAUUUAGCUGUGUCUUGUGUUGGUAAUCCAAUAAAUAAAUAAAUAAAUAAGUGGCAGUCCCACCUGCGCUGUCGGUAUACGCUGGCGGGGUAUCAGUGAGAUUAUUAUUAUUACAACCGUUAACUGUCCUGCCAGCAGUUGCCAAGCUUGACAGACGGGUUGGCAAGCACAGUUAGGCUUUUAGAGAUGUUUUAAGAGGGAUGCUGCUGCCCAUCCCUCGCCUUCCAUUAGUCGACUCUUACGACACCCACGGGAAAGGAAGGGGUGGUCUAUUCUAUGCCGGGACCACAGCAAAAUGUGGCAGUGAAAUUAUAAGGCACGGGGAGAUAGCAGCCCUCAGGAAUGGCAAUACAUGAGUGGUAUUAUGGACGCCAUACACGCGUAUUUUGUGAUGACAAUGAACCUGUUCAUAUCUAUUGUAAAUAAAGUGGUACACGUAUCUACAAUAAAAAUACAAGCAUAGUUACCUGUAUCUGUGUAAAAAGUGUUAACAUAUUGUAUUUGUUAUGUACACUUGAUUACUUGAUUAGAAUUAUUUUAGUUAAUUUUAAAUUUUCAAACACAUUUGAAAUAAACAAUCAAGACUCAACGUGAUGUAAAAGCUUUUACAAGUAAAUAGCACCUACAUACAGUCGUCAAAACGUUGGCAAUAAAGAAACAAGUAGAUUGCGAUAAGUCUCGAUUUUAUAUUUAAAAUAGAAAUAAUUUGUUUAAUUUACCAGAGGGAGACUUUGUACAAAAGUCGAUUGCUUGGGUACCUCUGUCCCAUUCGUGUUUCAACCGUGAAGCAGUAGUGUUUGCAUGGCUGUGUUUCGGUUUGAAGGGUGGGAUAUGGCGUGAAUUUACUGGGUACAGAGGAAUAACACCUGAGUCCUCAGGAAUGGCAACGCAUGGGGGGUAUCAUGAGCGAAACAGUAUACUCUGUUAUGUCCAUGGUACUGCUCAUGUCUAUAGGUGACGGUUACCACUUUCCAUCAGGUGGGCCGUCAGCUUGUUUGCCAUUCUAUGUUGUAUAAAAAUAAAAAU